AUGUCUGCCGAGCCGACACCCCUGAGCCCCGGCGGCGGCGUCCUCGACGGCGUCAACGCCACCUUCAACGGCACCGCGUCUGCGCCCGGCUUGGCCUCCAUCCAGGACCUCGGCUUCAUGCUGCUCGAGCUGAAGCUGCUAGCCGGCGCCCUCGGCAUCAUCUACCUCGGAUCCCACGCCGCCCUGCGUCGCCCGCCCUCGGCCUCGCCCGCCAAGGGCAAAAAGGCCGGGCGGAAAGGGGACGGUGACGACGACGACGACGACGACGACGACGACGAGCGCUUCUCGCAGGGCCUGGAGCCGACUGACGCCAUCAUGUUCCCCCUCCUCGCCGCGGCCAUGCUCGUGGGCCUGUACUACCUGAUCCAGUGGCUCAAGGACCCGUCCAUGCUCAACAAGAUCCUGCGCUGGUACAUGUCCACCAUGGCUAUUGCGAGCCUGCUGACCCUGUAUGCGCAUGCCAUGGAGCUGGGCACUUCGCUCGUCUUUCCGCGGUACUGGCGCGCCCGCGACGGGUCGCUGCGCAGAGCCGAUCAAGGGGCAAGGGCCGUGGCCGUCUGCGACCAUGUCGGCAACGUCGUCGGCCAACCCAACCCAGAGGCGAGUCCAUUUCCUGGACCGCUGACCCUGCUGGCCCGCUCAGGUCGGGCAAGAAAGGCGGCGUGGGAAGUACGCGGCCUGUUGACCCGGCACUGGGUCAUCAGGUUCUUCAUGCACGGCGUGGGCGACGAAAAGGCCAAGAUUAGGUUUGCUCACAUGAUGGCUUUGCUCUUGUCCCUUGCGACGGCUCUCGUCUACUCCUCGACCAUGUCCCCCUUUCUGUCCAACAUGCUGGGAUAUGGCAUGUGCUAUGGAUCCUUUCUCAUUCUCUCGCCCACCGACUUCUUGACAUCAUCUCUUGUGCUUGUCGCACUCUUUUUCUACGACAUCGUCAUGGUGUUUUAUACGCCGUACAUGAUUACUGUCGCCACCAAGCUUGAAGUCCCCAUCAAGCUCACCUUUGAGGCAGCUUCGAGAAAGAGCAUGCUGGGCCUGGGGGACAUUGUCAUUCCAGGCAUGGUCAUUGCAUGGGCUCUCCGGCUUGACCUCUGGAUCCAUUACAUGCGAAGGGUCAAGUACGAGUCGACCGAGCUGACGAUUAUGGAAAGGGAUGCCGCCUCUGGCCAGGUGGUGUCCCGAAGCGAGACCAAGCACAAGGAGGUCAAGGCUCGCUACGUCAACGUCAAGGGCAAGUGGGGAGAUGCGUUGUGGGCCCGUGGUGCUCUGUUCCUCUCGCAGCCGCCGCAGCUCCCCGCCGAGCUGGGGGCAGCCUGGUUCCGAAAGCCGUACUUUUACGCAGCCAUGACGGGAUACGCAUUGGGCAUGGUGUGUACGCUGGCGAUGCUACUCAUCUUCAAGCAAGGCCAGCCGGCGUUGCUGUACCUGGUCCCGGGCGUGCUUGGCUCGCUGGUGGUCACGGCGCUGGCACGGGGCGAGAUGAAGGACGUCUGGAGAUACACCGAGGACGGCAGCCUGGACACCAUGGAUGUCGUGGUGGACCUCGAUGGCGAGGGAAAGGCCAUCAAGACGGUGGGUAAGCUCGAAAACGGAGUCGUCGACACGACAAAGGACAAGAAGGGAGAUGGCAAGGAGUGUCCCGACAAGGCGGACGACAAGGUCAAGGAUGAUGAGUCCGCCUCGAAAUCGAGAAAGGGAGGUGGCGCAGGAAAGAAAGGCCAUCAGGUCUUUUUGUUGUCGCUCGAGGCGCCUGCCGACGAAGAGGACGACGACGCCUAG